AUGCAGAGGGUGUCACGCAGAGGGUGUCAGGCAGAGGGUGUCACGCAGAGGGUGUCACGCAGAGGGUGUCACGCAGAGGGUGUCACGCAGAGGGUGUCAGGCAGAGGGUGUCACGCAGAGGGUGUCAGGCAGAGGGUGUCACGCAGAGGGUGUCAUGCAGAGGGUGUCAUGCAGAGGGUGUCAUGCAGAGGGUGUCAGGCAGAGGGUGUCACGCAGAGGGUGUCAGGGUGUCAUGCAGAGGGUGUCAUGCAGAGGGAGUCAUACAGAUGUGUCAUGCAGAGGGUGUCACGCAGAGGGUGUCACGCAGAGGGUGUCACGCAGAGGGUGUCACGCAGAGGGUGUCACGCAGAGGGUGUCAUACAGAGGGUGUCAUACAGAGGGUGUCAUACAGAGGGUGUCAUACAGAGGGAGUCAUGCAGAGGGUGUCACGCAGAGGGUGUCACGCAGAGGGUGUCACGCAGAGGGUGUCACGCAGAGGGUGUCAUGCAGAGGGUGUCAUGCAGAGGGUGUCAUGCAGAGGGUGUCAUACAUGCAGAGGGUGUCAUGCAGAGGGUGUCAUACAGAGGGUGUCAUACAGAGGGAGUCAUGCAGAGGGUGUCACGCAGAAGAGGGUGUCAUGCAGAGGGUGUCACGCAGAGGGUGUCACGCUGA